CACCUGUCCCGUUCACCCCCCUAGUUUCCUGUUUCCGGCCGGGCCGACUUGCACGUUACUCCCUAGGAUGCCUCCAGCUGGUGGGCUUCGCAGAAGAGGGGGUCCCAGUGGUGGGCCCUCGGUGCCCCGCUCUCCAAUCAGCGAGGCCCUGCGGCAUGGAUGGCAGAACAAGCAGCAGCUGCUGACAGACCCCCGGUAUACCGCCCUGCUGGGGGCAUGCCUGUGCCUGGCAGAGCUGGGGGUCAGCCACUGGGUCAUACAGAAAGUGCCCUAUACAGAAAUUGACUGGAAAGCUUACAUGGAUGAAGUAGAAGGUGUGAUCAAUGGGACCUAUGACUAUACAAAGCUUCAGGGGGACACUGGGCCCCUGGUGUAUCCUGCAGGAUUUGUUUACAUUUUUAGUGCUUUUUACUUCUUAACAGACCAUGGGAGCAACAUCCGCCUGGCUCAAUACAUAUUCGCUGUGCUGUAUAUUAUAACGCUGAUACUUAUAUUUCGUAUUUAUGUAUUAACCAAGAAGGUACCACCAUAUGUAUUUUUCUUUAUGUGCUGUGCCUCAUACCGAGUGCACUCCAUCUUUCUGCUGCGGCUAUUCAAUGAUCCUGUUGCCAUGGUAAUACUCUUCAUCUCUAUCAACUUAUUCCUGCAGGACUGGUGGAACUGGGGAUGCUUCUUCUACAGCCUAGCGGUUUCUGUAAAGAUGAACAUACUGCUGCUAGCCCCUGGCCUGCUCUACCUGCUUUUAUGCCGAUUUGGGCUACUGCUGACUAUUCCAAAGCUCUGCAUUUGUGGUCUACUACAGGUGGUCCUCGCUCUCCCUUUCCUGCUGGAGAAUCCCAUUGGGUAUUUGCAUCGGUCCUUUGACUUUGGGAGACAGUUUCUCUUUGAGUGGACAGUGAACUGGAGAUUCCUUCCAGAAUAUGUGUUCCACCACCGUGCUUUUCACUUGGCAUUGCUCACAGCUCACCUGAUUGCAUUGGUGCUUUUCUGCCUGUUUCGCUGGCAUAGAUCUGGACAUAGUAUCCUGUCACUUUUGAAGAAUCCAAAACAGAAGAAGUCUGCAUCACAAAGACUUUCAGCAAACCAGAUCAUCUUUGUCCUGUUCUCUAGUAAUUUCCUGGGUGUUAUGUUCAGCCGUUCUCUUCACUAUCAGUUCUACGUCUGGUACUUCCACUCACUGCCAUACCUCCUGUGGGGCACAAAUACCGCCUUCCUGCCUGGACUAGCAAAGAUCUUAAUCCUUGGCUUAAUUGAGCUGUCCUGGAACACUUUUCCCUCAACGGUCUUCAGUUCCUGUGCUCUUCACUUAUGUCAUGGAGCUAUUCUGCUGAACUUGUGGUAUGGUACUCCACCUGACGAAGAUACAUCUACAUCCAGCUCUGCAAACAGUGCACGGGUCACACGCAAGAAGAAAGACUAACCUGUUCAAUCCAGCAUGGGGCAAAAUUACUUGUCUCUUCUACUGGCAAUACUCAGGACAGCACUGUCUGGUGCUAUGAACUGAACUCCAGUGUUUUGAGUCUGGAGGUAUGACAACUAUAAUAAUUCAUAUUUUUUUUUUAAUCUAAUAAAUGUGGACAACGGUUAUUUACAGACCUUAGUUUUGUGUCAAGAUACUGGUUUCUAAGAAGGACCCACCAACCCUCCCCCCCCCCAUUACCACUCACAGAGGCACUUUGGACAAACUUAGGGUAAUGCCUUUAUUUCCCAUUACAAACAUCUUUCUCAGACAUCACCUGGCUUAUAGCAAAGCAUGUUGAGGUUGAGGUUUUCAUCCCAGUGACGAAGCAACAAGAAGAGAUGACGAGCAGCUCCUUUAAGAACAGGCAACUGUAGCCCUUCAGUCAGAGUUUGUGCCCGAAGCCAUCCCUCUGCCCGUGCUGCCAAUAGCUCCCAUUCUGUAAAAAAGCCAGCACAGCGAUGCUCUAGCCAUGCAAGAGCAACAGCCGUGGCCCAAGAACAUCCUUCUAGAUCCAUAUCCUGCUCAGUGCCAGCUUCAGAAGGACAUGGGGAAGUGUCACAUGGGUCAGUCUCUGACCCACGUCCACUAUCUGCCUGAUGACACAGCGCUUCGGGACAUGAUGUUGUAAGUAUAGGAAGGAAAAGGGAGUCUUGGGUAACUGGAACUUGGGGUUGGGAACCCCUUUUGUAAGUCUGUGCUCCACCUCUAAAAACUUCUGAUUGGUCCUGGGGCAAUGGCUCAGACACUGGACUUAGGCUACCACGAUGAGAGCUGUAGGGUGAGGCACGAAGGAGUCGCUGGAGAGAUAUCUGAACCAUACUGGAAAAGCUAUUGUUUAGCGUGAAAUAUCCUUCUGGGGAUUGCAAACUUAUCUGAGGAGAAAAUAAAGGUUCGGGGCAUAACAAAGAAUAAUAUGUACAACAAAGUAGUCUAUAGCAUGAAUGAAUACAGCUCUCACCAAAGGGAGGUAGUCUUGGAUACCAUGAUCUGAGCAACUCUCCUUGUUUCCACUAAUACAUGGUGGCUUCAGAGGGGGUAAUUUUCCAGAUAUGCUACGGAUCCUUCUUUUACCAAGGCUGAUCCUGGAAGAAAAUUAUGUCUGAGAACAUAUCACCACCAUUCAAUAAAAAUAUGUAGAUGGAAAA